GCCGGAGCCCCUGGUCUCCACAAGCUCCCCACAGUCCCGGUGGCGGCAGGCCAGCGCCCGACCCGGCGGAGGGCGCCGUCUUCCGUCGCUUUACCUCGCCAUGGCCGCCUCCGACUUGUCCGCCAACCUCCAGGAGGAGGCCACCUGCGCCAUCUGCCUCGACUACUUCAUGGACCCGGUGAUGACCGACUGCGGCCACAACUUCUGCCGCGAGUGCAUCCGGCGCUGUUGGGGCCAGCCCGAGGGCCCAUACGCCUGCCCCGAGUGCCGCGAGCUGUCCCCUCAGCGGAAUCUGCGGCCCAACCGCCCGCUCGCCAAGAUGGCCGAGAUGGCGCGGCGCCUGCACCCGCCGUCCCCUGUCCCCCAGGGCGUGUGCGCUGCGCACCGCGAGCCGCUGACCUCCUUCUGCGCCGACGAGCUUCGCUUGCUGUGCGCGGCCUGCGAGCGCUCGGGAGAGCACUGGACGCACCGUGUACUCCCGCUGCAGGACGCGGCUGAGGACCUCAAGGGCAAGCUGGAGAAGUCCCUGGACCACCUGCAGAAGCAAAUGGAGGAUGCACUGCUGUUUCAGGCCCAGGCGGAGGAGACCUGUGCCCUGUGGCAGAAGAUGGUGGAGAGCCAACGGCAGAAUGUGCGGGCAGAAUUUGAGCAGCUGCGCCGCCUGCUGGCAGAGGAAGAGCAACGGCUGCUGCAGAGGCUGGAGGAAGAGGAGCUGGAGGUGCUGCCGCCGCUGCAGGAGAGUGCAGUCCGCCUUAGGCAGCAAAGCGCCCAGCUGGCUGAUCUUGUUGCCGAACUGGAGGGGCGCUGCCAGCUGCCAGCACUGGGGCUGCUGCAGGAUAUCAUGGACACCCUGCGCAGGGUCCAGGAAGUGAAGCUGCAGCCGCCUGAGGUGGUGCCCAUGGAGAUGAGGACAGUGUGCAGGGUCCCUGGGCUGGUGGAGGCUUUGCAGAGAUUCCGAGGGGAUAUAACGCUGGAUCCUGACACUGCUAACCCUGAACUGGUCCUGUCAGAAGACAUGCAGAGUGUGCGGCGUGGGGACCUGCGGCAGCCCCUGCCUGACAGCCCGGAGCGCUUUGACCCUGGGCCCUGUGUGCUGGGCCGGGAGCCCCUGAACUCCGGCCGGCACUACUGGGAGGUGGAGGUGGGCGAGCGGGCCAGCUGGGCCUUGGGCGUCUGCAGGGAGAAUGCUAACCGCAAGGAGAAGGGAGAGCUCUUUGCCGGCAACGGGUUCUGGAUCCUGGUGUUCCUGGGGGGCUUCUACAACUCCUCUGAGCGGGCCUUCACACCCCUGCGAGAUCCGCCCCGGCGCGUGGGCAUCUUUCUGGACUAUGAGGCUGGGCACUUGGCAUUCUACAGUGCCACCGAUGGGUCACUCCUGUAUGCCUUCCCUGAGACGCCCUUCUCGGGGACACUACGGGCCCUCUUCUCACCUCUGUCUAGCAGUCCCACCCCCAUGACCAUCUGCCGACCCAAGGGCAGGCCUGGGGACGGGCUGGCUACCCAGUAAGUGGGCUUCUUACACGCUUGUCCUGCCAUUGGGUCUUCGAGGGUGUUCUGAGCCACGGAAAGAGCUCCCAGUGCUGCUUCAUGUGUGUAGUAAAAUCCCUCUCCCUCUGCUAUUCCCAGUAAACCAGCACCUGCAGGGCCAGCAGCAUCUCCCAGGUGACCCUCCAUGGCCAUCCGAUGUCACCAGUGCAUUGCUCACAGCCGUCUGCAGAGCCCUAGCCAGGGGCCCUGAGAUCUGUUUGCAGGAGCCCAGCUGGUUGGGUGAGGCACCAGGAUCUGUGGAACUUUUGGGGGCUUCAACCGAGCCCUCUAUAGCCCCAGGGCUGCAUCCCCAAAGAGCUGCUGUCCUGUGAGGCUGCUGGCAGGGAGGUGAGCCUGUCAGCCUGUCUCAGGGUCUGGUCCUAGAAAAUGGUGCUGGAUGUGGUUGCCUCCUUAAUUAGGGUACAGCAUUCCUCAGGAGAGGAGGAGGGCAUGGGAAAGGCCAGAGAAAGAGUCUUCAGAGUAAAAGGUACUGCAUAAGGGAGCUGAGGAACCUGGACACAAGCCCUCAAGUCCCUCAGUGUGGACCACUGUGGGCUUCUGCCGAAUUCUGCUUCCCACCCCAGAGCUGAGCAGCAGCUCAGGAAAGACACUGGCCCUGCCUGGGGAAAGGGUGAGGCUGCACAGACCUCCCUCCCCUGUCCCCAAUCCAAGAUUUGUAGUGGCUCAUUUCGGUGCUUCACAAGAAGGGCAUGGUACAGCAUUUCUGCACUCCAAGAUUUCAUCUGUCAUAAGGACCACCCUCACAGUAAAAAAAAUAACCAUUGUCUAUGAUGCCACUGUCUUGAAUUGAGGGUUCAGAAAGUCCAUGGGCCGAGGCCUGCCACCCACAGCAAAAUUGGGGAGCUGCCUGUUCUUUGAUUUCAUGCAGCUGCCAUGGAAUUCUUUUUCAAAUCUGAUCAGCGAUUCUAGGUUCCAUGGUGCUCAAUAGCUAAUUACUUGGUUAUUUAUUUACCCACUCUCCAAUUGUUGGACUUUUUAUAUAUGUACCACUUUGAGUAUCUUCAAUUCUUUCAAAUUAUGUACAUGAGAGGCUUUUCUCAGUUAAGCCAGGAGCCUGCCACUUUGCUGCCUGGGGAAGUUUUCCCAUCCUUUCCCAGUUGAUUGCUUACUGUUUCACUUCCUGUUGAGAACCUGAGGAUACUGGUUGGUUCCUGCCUGGAGCAAGAUUUGGACUUUAAAGUUUGGGACUUCGCAGAUGGCGACCAGAACUCAGGAGGUGGGACAGCCUCUAGGUGAGAGUUUGGAGGAGCACACAACUGCCCCAAGAACAGCAGGAUGGACACCUAGGCUGUGGCUUGAGCAAAGCUGGACACCAGUGUGAGGGAGGGAAAGUAUUCCUUCCUUCCAUCCAUCUGAUCCCUGUCUGGACCCUAUAAUAAAAUAUUAAUGAGAAAAACGGU